AUGGAGCAACAACAACAACAACGAUGUAGUAGUGGUCAUCAUCAUCAACAACAGAUGUUGAUAGAUAAAGUAGAUCGAUUGGUAUUACCAGAUGUUCUGUUACCCAUUCAUUACAACUUGCAUGUUGAACCUGACCUUGAGGCAUUUACAUUCAAGGGAUCGGUAGAGAUUACUCUACGAUUGAAUAGUAAAGAUAUCAUCUCGACCAUUCUACUACACUCUGCUGAUCUAGUCAUUCACAAGGCAGAGGUUAGACGGACAAAUUCAACAACUAAACAAAAACUAUUUUGUCAAGCAACAUCAAUACGAUACAACAAAGAGAAUGAAACAGCUUUAUUAGUAUUGGAUCAACCAAUUGUCGUUGUUCAAUCAAAUAAUGAAAAAGACCAACAAGUCAUCUUGUCAAUGGAAUAUAGUGGAGUGAUUAAUGACAAGAUGAGUGGAUUCUAUCGGUCAAAGUAUACAGUCAAUGGAAAGGAAUGUUGGAUGGCAUCAACUCAAUUUGAAGCAACCUAUUUUAGAUUAUGUGUUCCUGGUUGGGAUGAACCUGCUCUCAAAGCAACGUUUGAUGUGACUAUUACCGUGCAAGGUGAUCUCAUGGCAUUGUCCAAUCAACCACUCAUCGAAGGUUACCCCAAAGUGCAAAAGGACAAGGAUGGUGUGACUACUGCCAACACCACCUACCGAUUCGAGACCACCCCACUUAUGAGCUCAUACCUGCUAGCUUUUGCCAUUGGAGAGUUUGAUCAUAUCGAAACGACGACAAAGGAAGGUGUAUUGGUACGUGUCUACCAAGUCAUUGGAAAGGACAAGGAUGAGAAUGGUAUCUUUGGUUUGGAUGUUGCCAGUAGAGCUCUAUCAUUCUUUUCUUCUUACUUUGAAAUACCCUAUCCAUUAAAGAAAUGUGAUUUAUUGGCUGUUCCUGAAUUUGCUUUUUAUGCAAUGGAAAAUUGGGGAUUAACAACAUAUGCAGAAGAAUAUGUUUUAACUUCAAAACAUUCAACAUUAUAUAACAAACAAAGAUUGGCGUAUUUGAUAUGUCAUGAAUUGGCACACCAAUGGUUUGGUAAUUUGGUGACGAUGGAUUGGUGGUCACAACUCUGGUUGAAUGAAGGGUUUGCCACUUUUAUGGGGUCGGCCUGUACAAACGCCUUGUUCCCAGAAUGGAGCUAUUGGUUGGAUUUCUCGUACACCUAUCGACAGGGAGCAUUUGAUUUUGACUCGUUAAUUGCUACUCAUCCCAUUGAAUGUGUUGCUCGAGACUCUAGUCAAAUAGCAGAGAUUUUCGAUUCAAUCUCCUAUGACAAGAGUGCAUGUGUCAUUCAAAUGUUAGAGGCUCGUUAUGGUGAUGCAUUCCGUCAAGGUGUAAAUCAUUACCUAUCACAACACGCCUACAAAAAUACAACAUCUGAUGAUUUAUGGAAUUCAAUCUCACUCAAAGCAAAUGAUAAUGUUAAAGAUUUUAUUCAAUCGUUUAUCAUUCAUCCUGGGUAUCCAACCAUUUCUCUUACCAAAGAUAAUAGUCAAAAUCAUAGAUACACUAUUGAACAAUCUAAAUUUAAAUUUAAAAAAGAUGAAAAAGAGGACGAAAAUGAUUCAUCGGUACUUUGGAAUUGUAAUAUCAAGAUUAAUAAUCAUAAAGAUGUUUAUUUAAAAGAAAAGAAACAAUUGGUUGAUUUGGUACCAGCUGCUGGAAAAGAUGGUAGUGGUAGAUGGUUUAAAUUAAAUUUUGGAGAGACUGGCUAUUUUACGAUAUGUUAUGAAAAGGAUGUAUUGGAGACAUUAAUUGAAAGAGUACGGUCAAAGGAAUUACCACCAGUCGAUCGAUUGGGAUUACUGUCUGACAGUAUUGCAUUGUGCAAGGCCGGUAAACUAGACGUCACAUUAUUGAUGCAAUUGUUUGAGUCGUACAAGACAGAGACCGAGUAUUCUAUUUGGUUCCUUUUAGUUGGUAGUCUUUCCAAUCUAUUAUCUGUCAAUUAUAAACAACCCUAUUAUAGCAAGUUGGUUUCAUUUGUCGUGUCUAUCCUCGAACCAACCUACACUCGACUAGGGUUCCAUCCAACCACCUCUGACGAAUCCAUUGGUAAUAUCUUGAUUAGACAACGUGUCAAUACUUUACUCGGACAGUUAUCGUAUCAACCAGUCGUCUUGGAAUCACAAAAGUACUGGGACCAAAUCAAAUCAAACACCACCAAUCAUAUCGAUAAUAAUAUUAAACCUGUCAUCCUAUCAACUAUCGUUGCCAAUGGCAAUAUGGAGACAUUGGAUAUUGUAUUGGAGAAUCUCAAACAAUCAAAAGACACGUCAGAGACAUUAGUCUAUCUCUCGGCAAUAGGAUCAACACCAUUGGCAGAGGGAAUUAUCAAAAUCCUCGACCUUGCCUAUUCACCCGCCAUCCGUGACACCAACAUUAUGAAUGUCUACCAAGGUAUCGGUAGUCAACACGGAGAGGUGGUAUGGGACUACUUUACCAAACAUUUUAAUCAAAUCGAUAGCAUAUUCAAUCAACAAAUCAACUAUUACAUUAUCGUUCAAAAGUCAAUCCCCAUCCUCUCCACUCAACUCGACACCUACAAAACAUUCCUCUUGGACACUCACUCUAUCCCCAUCGUCAACAGACAAAUUCAUCAAUCCCUUGAAAUCGUUGAAUAUAAUAAUAUUUGGUUAUCAAAUAUUAAAGAUAAAUUAAAUCAAUAUUUAAACAAAUAA